UCCAUUCCGGAAACCUAGAGAGCAACCCAAACUUCUUACUAUUUUUGCUCAAAUUCUCGUUUUCUGUUAUUCAUGAGAAAGAAUGAUUUGCAAGUAGAAAAGCUCCCUGCUGCAAUACUGUUAUCAUCUAUCACAAGGGAUUCUCCCUGCCUGAGGGCAAGGUUUGAAUCCCCUUUUUAUCGAUCCCGGGCCUUUCUUCUCCUUUGUCUCUGUAUGGUUUUUCUUUUUGGGAAUUAGGACCAAAAAGAAUAGAUCAAACUGCAGGAAGAGAUGGAUGGUAUAAUCCAAUAACUCUUUAGUUUUCCCUUUUUUCUUUUUCUUUCUUUCUUUUUUCUAGAUUGAAGGAGAUAUGGAGAAGAAAGGUGUAAUUUUGAUGCAAAGGUACGAGAUGGGGAGAAUGCUUGGGCAAGGGACUUUUGCCAAGGUUUACCAUGCUCGGAACCUCAAGUCUGGUCAGAGUGUUGCCAUAAAGAUGAUUGACAAGGAGAAGGUGUUGAAGGUGGGGUUGAUAGAUCAAAUCAAGAGGGAGAUCUCGGUGAUGCGCCUUGUUCGACACCCUAAUGUUGUUCAACUCUAUGAGGUCAUGGCCAGCAAGACCAAGAUUUAUUUUGUCAUGGAGUAUGUCAAAGGUGGAGAGCUGUUCAACAAGGUGGCGAAAGGCAAACUCAAGGAAGACGCGGCUCGCAAGUAUUUCCAGCAAUUGAUUGGAGCUGUUGACUUCUGCCAUAGCCGAGGAGUCUACCACCGCGACCUCAAGCCGGAGAAUCUCCUCCUUGACGAGAAUGGAGACCUUAAAGUAACCGAUUUUGGCUUGAGUGCGCUGUGGGACUCAAGGAGGCAUGAUGGCCUCCUCCACACUACUUGUGGAACUCCAGCUUAUGUGGCUCCGGAGGUCAUCAACAAGAAGGGCUAUGAUGGAGCCAAGGCAGACAUGUGGUCAUGUGGCGUCAUUCUCUUCGUUCUCAUGGCUGGUUUUCUCCCUUUCCAUGACCCUAAUCUCAUGGAAAUGUACAGGAAGAUCAGCAGAGGUGAAUUCAAGUGCCCACAAUGGUUCCCACUGGAGGUCCGGAAGCUUCUUUCUAAAAUUCUUGACCCCAGCCCCAGCACUAGAAUAACUGUGGCCAAGCUCAUGGACAACCCUUGGUUCAAGAAGGGAUUCAAACCGAUUGAAGCCCCACAACCCAAUCGAAAUGAUUCGAUGAGCGAUGUCCGUGCUGUAUUUGCCACACAUCCAGAAGGAACUUCUGAGGAGGAAGCCGAGGAAACAACAAGCAGCAUGAAGCCAACUUGUUUGAAUGCCUUCGAUAUCAUCUCUCUCUCACCCGGGUUUGAUCUGUCAGGUCUGUUUGAGAAAGAUACCAAUCAUAGGCCAGACGCUCGGUUCACCACCAAACAGCCUGCAUCAACCAUCGUAUCCAAACUGGAAGAAAUAGCAGAAAUGGAGAGAUUUAAGGUUAAGAAAAAGGAUGGGACGGUGAAGUUGCAAGGCAGCAAGGAAGGGAGAAAGGGUCAGCUUGCUAUAGAUGCUGAAAUUUUCGAGGUCACGCCUUCACUUUUCGUGGUGGAGGUGAAGAAAACGGCAGGCGACACCUUGGAGUAUAAGAAGUUCUGUAACCAAGAUUUGAAGCCUUCACUCAAGGAUAUCGUAUGGACUUGGCAAGGAAGUGAGCAGCAGCAGGAGCAACAGCCACAACCACAAUAGGGCCAAUUUGUGUAGUUUCUUUCUUUCUUUUUCUUUUUCUUUUCUUUGUUUUCCUUUUCCUUUCCACUAGGUAGAAGUCAUAUCCUACCUUCUUACCUUAGUGAACCUCCACCCGCCUGAUGAAGCUCGUCUUCUAUAUGCCUGUUUUAUAUCUGUAAUUUAUUUUUUAAAAUUUUUUUCCGGCUUCUUUGUAUUUGCUUGGCUUCAAAGCUCAUCCUGCUAAAUGUAUAGAGAAAACUUCAUGCAAAGUGCAGGCAAAAUUGUAAAUAACUGGCAGCCUCCUCUGAUUAGAUGGAGUCAAAAGUAAUGAAAGAAAUUACAGCAUCUGCAAAUGUAUCGUUCA